AACCUGUGGCUCCAGGCUGGCGAUUUGGGUGGUGGGGCGGCGGGGCACCUGCGCGAGCGCUCCGCGUGGCUUAUAAACAUGGCUGGCGUAGCGGUGUCGGUCAGGAGUGCGGCGAGGGGCUUUGAGGGCCGGAGGGUCUACACUUUUUGAACUUUCUGGCCGAAGUGACGCCGUUGAGGGCGCCCCGGCCAGGGUCAGCCGCCGGGGGACCAGGCUGAGCUCCCUGAACCGCGGUGCUGCAGAAGGAAAACAUGAUCUCUGUGGCUGUGCCUACCAAUGUGGUCACCAUUACUCCUGCCAAAGUGGUGAGUACUGUGACUACCCUGAAGCCAUCAAGUUUGGGAGCAUCAUCUACCCCCUUAAGUGAGCCCAGUCUCAAAGCAGAGAACUCAGCGGCUGCUCUGAUUAAUCUUUCUCCAAUAAUGGUAGAAAAUGUGAAGAAAUGUCAAAACUUCCUUGCAAUGUUAAUAAAACUAGCAUGUAGUGGAUCUCAGUCUCCAGAAAUGGGUCAGAAUGUGAAAAAGCUGGUGGAACAACUUUUGGUCGGAAUUCGAGGCACCAAUAUUGUUGUCCUUGGGGUAGAAAAGAAAUCUGUUGCCAAACUUCAAGAUGAAAGAACUGUGAGGAAAAUUUGUGCCCUUGAUGACCAUGUCUGCAUGGCUUUUGCAGGUAUGUGUGGACCUACGCUAAUGGUGCAUAGUAUUUUUGUGUAGUAGGGCAACACAGUUCUCU